GCAUGGGCCAGCAUGGCACCCAGCUGCUCAGCCUGCCACAGCGGAACCAUACAAAACUCCCCUCACCGCGUCUCAUCACGAUCACCUUGUACAUCCAUGAUCUCAGGGCCUGGACCGGCAUGGUCCCAGCGCGAUGGACGCCUGGGUCAGUGUUGAUGCUCUAGGGGAAAUUCUGAAGAGUAGGGAUGCAUGGCGCGGCUACGAACUCGCCGACGACACGCGGGUGCUGCUCCUCGGCCACUCGAAUGGCGGCCAAGGGGCAUGGUGGAACGCGGCGAGGUACCCGGAUCGAGUCGCUGCCGGUAUGUUUGUUGAGUUCUCGCCCCUCGCCAAUGCCGCGAUUGCAUUCACUGAGCAUACCAAUCGGUGCAGUCAUCCCGGCGGCGGCGUACCUCAAGUCGCAGGCAUAUGUACCCCUCAUCCAGUCUCAUUCCGCGCAUUACGUCGACCCUUUCCUGCGGGCGAUCCUUGAGACCGCGCUGACCCCCGAUGAUAACGACCUUUUCCUGUCUAACCUCGCGCACACACAAAUUCUUGCGAUCCACGGCGGCGACGACGAGAACGUGCCGACGUGGCACAGUCGUGCGUACGUCAGCACCCUCAAGACGUGGAACGCCGACGCGCCCGUGAAGCUACGCGAAGAUCCCGGUGAACUUCACUGGUACACAGGGGUGUUCGACAACGCCGAUGUGCGCGUGUAUAUGCGUGCGGUGUUGGAAAGCGAGGCGGGCUUGGCUACAUCUAGCGGCUCGCUUCACGGAUGGCGGAUCCACCAACUGCUAGUGCCUGGCCGGAUUAGAUCGAGAAGCAUAACGGAACGCAUACUGAUUCGAUUCGCAUUCAGCAUUGGAAGGCUUACGGUCGUACUGAGCGGGACAUCAAUCGACGUCCGCACGAACAACGUCGCGGUGUUCUCAUUUCAGCACAUCCCUCGAUAUGCUGCGGACGUUCUGGUCAUAGACGGCUUCACAUUCCCGAUGGAUGCUCUUCGAGACAACAGUCACAACGCAGUGCAUUUCUCACGUGAGGAUGGUACAUGGAAAUCCUCUGUUGACCCGCCGGCGGCUCUUCAACCACAUGGGAGACUAGCCAGAAUCCUCACCUCCCCUGUACCGAUAGUUAUCGUCUAUGAUCCUAGCUCUCCAAGCUCCCUCUCGGCAACGCUACGCCUAGCCUCUGCUCUCGACGGUUACCACAAGCUUGAUGCGGAGAUCAUUGACGACGCGGAGGCCGUCCGGAGACUACACACCGAAUCUCUGGGCACUGCCAACAUAGUCGUCGUCACGAAUGGAAAAGGGGACUUUGCGCAGUCUCUGCUCUCGCAAGAGCGCACAGCGUUCACCCUCGAUAACAGGACAUUACUUCUGAGAGGCAAGCCUCUGGGAGCGAAGUCCGCUGCGCUGUUCUUGCAUCCGCAUCCGAGUGCAUCAGAUGCAUCUAUUCUGUUCGUAUACACCCAGGAUGAGGUAGGAUUGGAGAGAGGCCUCCGGCUCUUUCCCAUUCGUACAGGCGUGCCAAUCCCCCAUUGGGUUGUAAUCACAGACCAUGCGGACAAAAUGAGAGCGGGAGGGAUAGAAGGAGCGGGCGUAUGGGGAAACACCUGGAGCUGGAAUGAGGGAAUGUCCGCCUAUUGA